AUGUGGAUUACUGUGUCAUUGGUCGUCGAGGGCCUGGAAGACCUGGAGGUUGAGGGCCUGGAGGACCUGGAGGUCAAGGGCCUGGAGGUCGAGGACUUGGAAGACCUGGAGGUCAAGGGCCUAGAGGACCUGGAGGUCGAGGGCCUAGAAGACCUGGAGGUCGAGGGCCUGGAGGACCUGGAGGUCAAGGGCCUGGAGGACCUGGAGGUCAAGGGCCUGGAGGACCUGGAGGUCAAGGGCCUGGAGGUUGAGGGCCUGGAGGACCUGGAGGUUGAGGGCCUGGAGGACCUGGAGGUUGAGGGCCUGGAGGACCUGGAGGUUGAGGGCCUGGAAGACCUGGAGGUCAAGGGCCUGGAGGACCUGGAGGUCAAGGGCCUGGAGGUCGAGGGCCUGGAGGACCUGGAGGUCGAGGGCCUAGAAGACCUGGAGGUCGAGGGCCUGGAGGACCUGGAGGUCAAGGGCCUGGAGGACCUGGAGGUCAAGGGCCUGGAGGUUGAGGGCCUGGAGGACCUGGAGGUUGAGGGCCUGGAGGUCAAGGGCCUGGAGGUCGAGGACCUGGAGGACUUGGAGGUCAAGGGCCUGGAGGUCGAGGACCUGGAGGUCAAGGGCCUGGAGGUUGAGGGCCUGGAGGACCUGGAAGUUAAGGGCCUGGAGGACCUGGAGGUCAAGGGCCUGGAGGUCGAAGACCUGGAGGUCGAAGACCUGGAGGUCAAGGGCCUGGAGGUCGAGGACCUGGAGGUCAAGGGCCUGGAGGUCGAGGAUCUGGAGGUCAAGGGCCUGGAGGUCGAGGACUUGGAGGUCAAGGGCCUGGAGGUCGAGGACCUGGAGGUCAAGGGCCUGGAGGUCGAGGACCUGGAGGUCAAGGGCCUGGAGGUCGAGGACCUGGAGGUCAAGGGCCUGGAGGUCGAGGAUCUGGAGGUCAAGGGCCUGGAGGUCGAGGACUUGGAGGUCAAGGGCCUGGAGGUCGAGGACCUGGAGGUCAAGGGCCUGGAGGUCGAGGAUCUGGAGGUCAAGGGCCUGGAGGUCGAGGACUUGGAGGUCAAGGGCCUGGAGGUCGAGGACCUGGAGGUCAAGGGCCUGGAGGUCGAGGAUCUGGAGGUCGAGGGCCUGGAGGACCUGGAGGUCGAGGGCCUGGAGGACCUGGAGGUCAAGGGCCUGGAGGUCGAGGACCUGGAGGUCAAGGGCCUGGAGGUCGAGGACCUAGAGGUCGAGGGCCUGGAGGACCUGGAGGUCGAGGGCCUGGAGGACCUGGAGGUCGAGGGCCUGGAGGACCUGGAGGUCGAGGGCAGUCAAUGUGUGGAGAUUACACUGAACCCGAGACUGUUCGAGUGA